AUGCCGUCUUUCAAACGAGUACAGGCGCCCUCGGAUUCCGAGGAUCAGAGUGACGGGGGAUCAGAGAGCGCCGCAUCGAACCCCACGCCUUAUUCUAGAAAACGAGCCCGUCUAUCCGCUUCUCCCACAUCUUCUGAUGGAUCGGGAGCGAACGAUAGUGAUUCCGACUCCCCCUCCCCCUCCAACGAUGAUGCGCUCCCCGACGGAGAUGCGGACGAGAGAGAACUCGAGUUGCUCCAGACCCAGAUAAUCCAGGAUAAAUACGCCCGUAUGGUCGAUGAAACCAAUGUUCCUGCUGAACACGGUAUUCUCGAACGUGUCGAAUGCUACAAUUUCAUGUGCCACAACCACUUCUCUGUGGACCUCGGGCCGUUGAUCAACUUCAUUGUCGGAAAGAACGGUAGUGGAAAAAGUGCCAUCUUGACCGCUAUCACGCUUUGCCUGGGAGGCAAAGCGUCUGCAACAAACCGCGGACAGAGCUUGAAGAGCUUUAUCAAGGAAGGCAAGGAAAACGCCUCCAUCAUUGUCCGGAUCAAGAACCAAGGCGAAGGCGCCUACAUGCCCGACGACUAUGGAAAAUCCAUCAUUGUUGAACGCCAUUUCACAAAGAGCGGCUCCAGUGGUUUCAAGAUCAAAAAUGAGUCAGGGCGCAUCGUCUCCACGAAAAAGGCCGAGCUAGAUGCCAUUACCGACUACUUCUCUCUGCAAAUCGAUAAUCCCAUGAAUGUGCUCUCGCAGGACAUGGCCCGCCAGUUUCUCAGCAGUUCCACUGCGGCAGAGAAAUACAAGUUUUUCGUCAAGGGUGUGCAGUUGGAACAACUAGACCAGGAUUAUCGCUUGAUUGAGGAAUCUGUGGAUCAGAUUGAGGAGAAACUCAGAACCCAGGCGCCAAAUAUUCGCUUUUUGGAGAACCAGAGAGACAUGGCAAUGAAAAAGUUGGAACUUUCUGACCAACAAGACUCCCUGAGGGAACGCAUCAAGACCUAUCGGAAACAGCUGGCUUGGGCUACUGUGGAGGAAGAAGAACGAACGAGAGAUUCACUUACCCACGAACUGGCCAAGGCAGAUGAGGGAAUCUCUCACGCUGAGGCCGAUUUGAGCCAAUACGAUGAUAGGCUCCAGACCGUUGACGCGGAGUUAGCCACGGCAGCAGAGCAUUGCAAUAGAACAAGCCAUGCACUAGAGGAAGGUCAAAAGGAGAAAGAACAGAUGGAGGACAAUUUGAAGAAAGUAUCGGCAGAUUCGCGUGAGGCCCUUUCCGAUCAACGAGCCAUCAAAGACCACCUCGACAAGGCGAACGCUAGAGUUAAAACAGCGCAAGAGAAGGUCGAGGCCGAAGAAAACCGUCUCAUCGAGGUAAGCAAUGGAGGCUACGCUCGAAGACAGGCGGAAUACGAGGAGGCCAAAAAUCUCGCUGCUGCUGCACGGACCGAGUACGAGUCGUACGAACGAGGCCAACCCUCUCUACGAGAAGCUAUCAAGUCUGCCGAGAGGAAAACACAAGAUGCCAAGAAACAGCUGGAUAUCAAAAUACAGGACAUCAACCAAGCCGACAGCCGGUUGCGAGACCUCACGAGAGAAAAUGCACAGGCUAGAAAUGGCUUCCAUGAGAAAAUGCCAGCGCUUCUGAGAGCCAUUCAGCAAGAAAGAUCGUUCACAACCCGUCCGGUUGGACCGAUUGGGCAUCACGUCACCUUGCUUAAGCCAAAAUGGGCUUCUAUUAUCGAGAGUACACUUGGACACAGCCUUUCCAGCUUCGUAGUAAAAAGCCAUAGCGACCAAAAGAUUCUCAGCAAUAUCAUGAAAAGGGUGGGCUGUCAAUGCCAGAUCUUGGUCGGAUCUAAUGAGAAUAUCGACACGUCAAACAAUGAGCCGGACAGUCAGUAUGACACGGUUUUGAGAGUUUUGCAGAUCGACAAUGAUCUAGUCCGAGGACAUCUUAUUGUCAGACACACCAUUGAGAAAAUGCUUCUUGUUGAAGAUUUGGAAGAGGCUUCAAGGUUGAUGUUCGACGGUCAAAGGCUCAGAAACGUUGUACGAUGUUUCAGCAUCGACUCGAUGGAUCAAAGGCGCGGAGUUCAUCUCUCUUAUAAUAAAGAGGGUGGUCCCAGUCAGUCACCAGUAGCGCCAUACAAAGGCUAUCCACGGAUGAAGUCGGAUCUGGCCUCUCAGACCAGUCACCAGCGUGGGGUCCUCCAGGACCUUCAACGUCAAAAACUUAAUCUCAAGCAAGAGUAUGAAACUGCGGUUGCUCAUUUGGGAUCAUGCAAGCGAGAUUUGGCGGACUAUGACCGGGAGAGCAACGAGUUGAAGAUUGAGAUGCAGCGACUAGAAGAUCAUGCCGAGUCGCUCAGAGAUGCUCUUGAAACUACCGAGGAUGGGCAACUCGACGCCUUGAAACUGGUUCUAGAGGAUGCGAAGGACGAGGUGCGAAACCACCAAUUGUCGCUCGAGGAGGCCAAGAGUGCCCAGGCCAUUGUGCUUGAUAAAGUGAGGGAUGCGCGACGAGAUCUUACUAGUGCAGUCGAGAAGCUGGCGACUCUAAAUCAGAGGUGCAUUGUUGCCAAGGAGGAGCAGGAGCGUGUUGAUGAUAAGCGCCACCAAAUCCUCAGCGAGAAGAAUAAGGCUAUCUCGCGCAUUGAUGAGGCCAAAGGACUCAGGGACCGAAUUCGGCGGCAACAUGAUCAAUUGGUAGCUAAACUACUCCAAUCGAUUGAGGGGGCCAGCAUCAUCACGCCGAGGGUUCCUGUGGACGAAGGCGAGACCACCGAUAGUCUCGGAGCAAAGAUGGAAAAAUUGAAAGCGGACUUGCAGCGAUACAGUCAACAGCUGGGUGCUACAAGAGAGCAAAUUGCCAACGAUGCUUCGGUGACAGAGGCGAAGUAUCAACGAGCUUUGAAACAGGUGGAAGAGAUGACCACACUAGCCCAGAUAUUCAAAGACACGUUGCAUAAUCGUAAGAAGCGGUGGGAGAUCUUCCGAGCCCACAUCUCGUCCCGUGCCAAGGCCCAGUUCACCUACUUGUUGAGUGAGCGCAGCUUCCGGGGUCAGUUAUUGACCAACCAUAAAGAGAAGCUGUUGGACCUGCAAGUUGAGCCCGAUAUCACGAAAGACGACAGCACUGGCCGUGGAGCCAAAACACUUUCCGGUGGUGAGAAGUCAUUCUCACAAAUCUGUCUGCUGCUUGCCCUCUGGGAAGCUAUGGGUUCUCCUAUUCGGUGUCUCGAUGAGUUUGAUGUUUACAUGGACCACAUUAAUCGCAAAAUGGCCAUUGACAUGCUUAUGAUCGCCGCUCGACGGUCCAUUGGACGCCAGUUCAUCUUGAUCACACCGGGCAAUCGGAACGAUAUCACUAUUGAUGCUGAUGUCCGGGUGAAGGAGUUAGCAGAGCCUGAACGUGGGCAAACUAGUUUACCCUACCAAAGGGCGCGGUAA